AUGCAGGCGCCAGGCCCUUCCCAGCGCAUGCAAAGGCGCUCCCCAGGUGCCGAACCUGGGCCGCCGCCAAAUGUGCCUGUUCGGUCGAUAUCACCAGGUACCGGUAUGCAACCGAGGGCUUCCAACGCCUCGAACCGAUCCGCCCCGCCAAGUGGGAUGCGGAGAUCAAAUAAUUCAACCAGCAGCUCAGCCAUGCCUCUAUCGCAAAUUGAGAAGAGUGUUACCCACUUGCUAGUCGCAACCAAACAACUUCUCGAGACCCUUACACAAUGGUCGCGUGGCCAAGCUACCGAUGGCCAGGUGUCCGAUGUCUACGUCAGACUAGGAUACGAGUUCAACAUGGCAUGCCGGGCUUUCACUGCCAUUAACGUGGAUACCUCCGACCUGGGCAACGUUCCCGAAUUGCUACGAAGCAUACUAGAGUCGACCUUGAGCCAAGAAGCGAGCACCGAAAGCUUGGAAAAGUACCUUCCACGUAUUCGAGACAUCAUCAUCAACCUGCUCCAUGGGCUGAAGCGCAAGCAGCAAAAGCUGCGGCAAAAACAACCACGAGACAGGGAAAGCGGGGCUUCAGGUGGCGCGCCUGAGCGGACGACGAGCACAAGUACGGUUGGCAGCGGAAACACUGGUUUGACGAAUCUGCUGGAGGAGGGCAUUCAGAAUGGCUAUCGACCAGACGCUCAGAGGGAAUCCUCCCAGUCUGCCGGUGCCGCCCCAGCAAACACCUCCCCAAGUCGUCGCCACCUGCCUCCGAGAGAUCAGUCGCGCGGUUCCGUCAAUUCGGAGCAGUCUUCCAUGUCUAGCACGACUAUGCAAAACAUCCCCGUCAUGCCUCCGUACCCCGGCGACGAGGCGACGAUGCCCUCUGCGCAGUCCGGAGAAGUAAACGCCGACGCUUUCCCGCCGCCACCGCCUCCUCCAAAGCAGCAAUCAAGCGCAUUUGCGGCUUUGCAGAAGGGCGGUGACCUGGAGAGGAGGGCUUCUCGGCGUUAUUCGCAGUAUCAAAUAUCUAAGCACCUAGGCAGUGCCAUGAAUGGUGUGCCAAUGUUGCCAUCGCAAAAUUCCCCGAUACCGAACCGUGGGCGAGGCGAAGUCCGGGAGUCUUUGCGUGCUGUGCAGACCCGCGAGACACUACGCCAAAACCGUGCAUCGAAGCAGCCGCAACUAGACACCUCUCCGGCACCGAGCCGUGCCAACAACGAGCCCGCAGCAGAACUAUUGGCAGCCAGGCCUGAAAGUCCGACGAUUCAAACGCCCGAAGACAAGUACCCAAAACCUAGCGCUACCUUGAAAGGCCCCCUCAGCGAUGAUCUCCCGAUUAUGUCACCUGACGAUGAUGAUGGCAAGCCUGAACCACCGCGCAAAGACUCAGCGAAGGUUUCACCGGGGGUCAAGACCCCGGAGAAGAAGCGCGACGCCAGCUUCCUUCACGAGCAGUCCCCGCCAUUGACCACAGAGCUGACUUUGUUCCUGCAAUACAAGUCCAAAGUCAAGAAGUUUGUGCUGCCUGAGGGAUACAGUGAGCUCUCUAUCGGACGCCUCCAGUUGGCGUUCAUCGAAAAGUUCUCUUGGAAUACACACGCGAAUGGCGCUGAUCUUCCAGAGAUUUACAUUCAAGACCCCGUAUCUGGGGUGAGGCACGAACUGGAGGAUCUAUCAGAUAUCAAGGAUCGGACCGUGUUGGUUUUAAAUGUCGAGCCACUGGAUGAAGUGAAACGUCAUAUCGAUGAGGGCAUCGGACAACUGAAGAAGAUAGUACAGGACGUGAAGCAGAGCCAGGACGAUCAAGGCUUGGCCAUACAGCGAGUUUCAGAACGUCAGCAAGAGGCGGUUGCAGAGAUGGCCCGGCUCGCCGCCACCCCUCCGGCUGUGUCUGCGCCGACUGAUGGGUCCAGGUCCGUGAGCCUUGCUGGUGGCCGUAAGCUUGCCGCCGGACACAUCACCGAGAUCCAGACUUUGCGCCGUGACCUUGCCGUCAUGCGGCAGGCUUACUCCAGCUUCCAGUCGGAGAUCCAAGGCUCCAUGUCAGCCAUCCGCAGCAAGGCAAGCAACGUCAAGGCGGCGGUGGUCAAGGCCUCGAUACCCACCAUUGAAGGCGACACCGGUCAUGCUUAUGUUACCAAGGGUCGCGAGCAGCUUAACACAGAUUCCGAUCGGCUUGUCAAUAAGGUCGACGACCUGCAAGAUUUGGUCGAGGACCUCCGCAAAGACGUGGUUCUUCGUGGUGUGCGGCCCCUGCCUAGGCAACUGGAGACUGUCGCACUGGAUAUCACGAAGCUUUCUAAGGAGCUGAAGAAGGUGGAGGAUUACAUGAAGGAAGAGAAGCCCAUAUGGACCAAGAUCUGGGAGAAGGAGCUUGAGGAUGUGUGCAAGGGCCGUGAUGAGCUCCGCCUUAUGGAGGAUCUCAUGAUUGAUCUGCAGGAUGACCUGGAGAAGGCAUCAGAAACGUUUGCGCUGGUCGAGCAGGCCACCAAGGAGCAGUUGAAAGACAAUGGAACAGGCGCCAGCGCUGGCAGUGCUCGCAACUUUUCCAAGGGGCUGAACGGUAUUGGAAACAGUCUUGAUCCGAAUGCGGCCAAGGACGGUGUUCUUGGCGAGGUGAGGGCACUUCAGCCUAACCACGAGAACCGUCUUGAAGCCAUCGAGCGCGCGGAGAAGCUGAGACAGAAGGAACUUGAGGGCCGGAAGGGCAAUGAGCUGCAGAGGGAACUCUCAAACUUUGUCGAAGAGGGGAAGCUGAAGAAGUCUGGCGGCUUCGAGGAGGUGGAAAGAGCUCGGAAGGUCAAGGACGACAUGAUCCGAAGGCAGGUAUGGGAAAGGCAGAAUGGAAUCGUCGCAGAAGAGGGCGAGGAGGAAGAGGAGGUCGAAUACGAAGAAGUCGAAGAAGAAGAAGAGGAAGAGGAAGAAGAGUCGGGGGCGGCCGGCGGUGCGGAGGCUGCGGCCGAGCCGGAGAAAGCAGCUGCGCCACCAGCACCAUGA